AUGAAGCCCCGCAGUCCUACAAUGUGGCUGGGGCUCAGUGGCUGUGAGAACAACUACGAUCUCAUAGUCUCGAAUCGGCUUCGUCUCGUCACAAGCCAUCUGCCGCGACCAGACACGCAACGGCCGAGCCUGGUUGUGCUGGUUGGCGGCAGAGCCAAGUCGAUUGCGCUCCAUGCCAUGUUCGGUGUGAGGAUCGCGCAGCCCGCGACUGGGUCGCCAGGAUCGAAUGAGAUCCACUUGCAUCUAGCUCCACAGACCAGCUUUCAUGAGAGGCCUGUAUUGCUAGCCGAAGGCCAUCUAUACAAUAGUCAUGCCAGGGUAGUGCCCACAACCUGUCCACAGGACGCCAGAAGACAGGCCAUCAUUUGGACGGCCCAGUCAGGUAUGGAGCGUCGCGUUACUGGUGAGCUGUACUGUCGUCUCCUGGCCCCCUUUGCCGACGUUUUCUGCUUUUUCUGUGAUGACCUCGACGGCGGUCUGGAGGGCGUUGCUCGCCACCUGGCGACAUGGCUGGACCAUGGCCCCCAAGCCCAGAACCCUGCAAACGCGCACCCAAAGAUCGUAGUCGUAAGCUCCACCGUCCUUCAUGGUGUCCAAGGUGAAGCCAAGGCAAAGACAGACCUGUUGGCGAUGUUGGAGAAGGAGACGAGAAGAGAGACAUCGAACUUGUCCGCCUACAUCAGUUUCGUUACUGUCCUGCCCCACACCAGUGUGUCUGCUACCGCCCGCUACAGGGCGUUGAAGGAGCGCAUCAUGAGAAUCUCGGAUGACGUGCGGCAGAGCAGAGUGGAUGCACGAUGUUUGUUCUCGGCCACGCAUGUCGCUGCAUUGCUGGACGGUGCUUGCGACCACUUUGCAAGUGCUUCCGAUUUACCUUUCGACCUUGUCCAAGAGUCGAGACGCCGCAACCCAGUUCCAGAAAACCUUGAAAGCCAUGUCACAGAGUUUGUCGGCCGGGGCACGCCGCAGACGGAGCUCGUUACUUUUGCGAUGCCCGUCAUCGGAUCGAGCCUGUUUCUAGACGCCUACCCGCCGGGCGCACAUCUCUUUGAUCCUGUCGACGUCUUUGAGGGGCUCUACAGUGACAUGCUCAACAGGGCGUUUUCCAACGAGUCCAUGCCUCUCGGUAGGGAUGGCAGCACAUGCAUGCCGAGCGAUGGGCUCAUCCAACUCGUCAAAGCUCACUUCGUAGGAUGCUUCAGCGAACUCGCUCGACAUUCCGGUUCCGCUUCGGACAUCCACCUACGCUUGCUCCGGAGAUUCAAAUCCCACUGGCUCCGGAUCCAUAGCACUCGCCUCUGCCUCUCCUGCCUGUCACACGUGCCUCAGUACGGCCUCUCCUGCGGACACGUUCAUUGUGAGGCUUGCGUAUGGGACUACGGCAGGCCAUCUGAUGAGGACCCAUGGGUCACGCUGUAUGGUCAAUGUCAUCUCUGCGACACCCUGCUGAGUGAGGAGGCUGUCAUCCGAAGGCAUCCACCAACAGCCGGCGUGGGAGUGUUUUGCCUCGACGGUGGCGGGGUCCGAGGGAUCGUGUCGCUAGAGAUCUUGAAGCGCAUCCACGAGGCUAUCAAGCUUCCAAUCCCGUUGACUCGGUUCAUCAAAAUCUUUUUCGGCAUCAGUUCUGGUGAAUGCUUCCGUCAGACGCGUCGGUACCUGACUAACACGGUCUAG